UCUGGGAUGCUGCUGUGAUUUUGUUCGUGGCACUUUCUCCGCUCUCCCGUGUAAACUUUUGUACAUCUACUUCCCAUUCGAUCGUGUUAUUCCAUACUUAUGUGCCAUGUAGUUUUUAGAGCCGAAGGGCGCAGCCGUAAAUAAUCUUAUUGUAUCGCCCUCUUCGUGUUGAUGGCAUCAAGUGGCCACUGAGUACUCGAAGGCCACCUGCACGGGCCACAUUCGCGCUAGUGCCUUGGCGCCACCAAAGUUGAACAUUUCAUCACUGCCGCAUUCUUGCGCCCACAUUCUUCUACACCUCAACACUAUCCCCGCCUUCCGUAGCCUUCCCCUCACCCCGCCAUCGCAUCUGAUCCGCACCGACCGUAAUCAGACUGCGAACAAUCACCAUGGCCGAUUCGUAUCGCCCGUCGAAGCGCGCGGCGCCCACCGGCUCGCUUGCCGAUCGCGUAACUUUUGGUGGUGACAGUUUCCGGCCCGGUAGAGAUGGUGCAGAGUUCACCUACUCGUCCGAUAACCGUGGCCUUCAAUUUCCACCUACCGCUCCCUCUGACGUGAAUCAGCGAGGUGCGCCGCGUAGAUUGCCCAAUCGCCCAGAUGCGCCGGGCUCCAACCGCAACUUUUCGCGUGGCGGGGGCAACUCGAGGCAAAAUCGUGGUCGAGGAGGUGCGCGCUUCAACGCUCCCCACCAACGUGCCCUACUUCAAUCCCGCGACGACACCAUUGAACACGCUGUCGGCGUCUCUAAAAGCUCCAACAAGUUCAAUCUGGACAACCUCUCCGAGGACGACUCCGAGGCUGAAAUGGAUAUCGAGUCCGACGACCAGUCCGAUGACGACGCCGGCGGCGGUCCAAGCAGCAAGCGCAACACUGCGCGCGUGCAGUCCCAAACCCGUGCGGAUGGCGACUCUGUGCCUAAGUGGUGCAAUCCAGAUCCGUACACGUCGUUGCCACCCCCAGAAGAGACUACUGGAAAGCGAGUCAAUUUUGUUAAGCUCAUUCGCAAGGCCAAGAAUGAUGCCGCUACCGAGCAGGCAGAUGGCACCAAUGCGGUCGCCGCGAACGAUGAUUUCAUCUCCUUCGGCGCAGAUGCAGACGGUAAUAACGCGGGCGACGAGGACAACGAGGAUGUCGUCUUCGUUGGAGCCAAUUCCAGCAAUCACCGACCGACGUCCGGAUCUCUGAAUGACUUAUCGCGCCCCCCACCCCCACCUCCCGCAGGUCCCAGCCAGUCAAACAAUAAGCGCAACAACAAGCGCUCUGCUGAGAGUGCCGGCCUGCCAGAUCGCCCACAAAAUCGCGAUGUUCGCCGCAGGCUGGCUGACUCACAGGUUGGCAUCGUUCCCAGCUGGCGACCCCGUUCCGACGAUUGCACUCCCUGGCUUACCGACAAUCGCUAUGCAUACUUACAGGACAAACCUAUCAUGUGGCUCCACAACGAGAUACUUGACUUCUAUGAGUGGAUCGCCCCACAACCCAAAGAGGAUGACAUACGCCGGCAGCUCGUUCAGGACAUCGAUGCCAAGUUCGACAGACGCCAGUUUGCGUACGACGGUGGAUUGGAAGCAUUCGGGUCGUACCCUACUGGGCUAUAUCUUCCGAGUGCCGACAUGGAUCUUGUGUACAGGACGCACCGGUACCGCCAAACUGGUCAACAGAUGAUCACAACAUCUACCUCCAAAUUACACAAAAUCGGUAGGGCACUCCAGGAUGCGGGCGUUGCGAAGAACCUGGUGGUCAUUGGGAAAGCAAAAGUCCCCAUCAUCAAGUUCGAAGACGCCCGGACCGGUAUACAAGUCGAUAUCUCCUUUGAGAAUUUGAGCGGCGUUGACGCUCUCUCGACUGUCAAGCGCUGGGUGCAUGAGUACCCUGAUAUGAUUUACUUGGUCUCAUUAGUCAAGCAGUUCCUCGUCAUGCGAGGGUUCAACGAGGUGAACACCGGAGGCCUAGGUGGAUUCAGUAUCAUUUGCCUGGUUGUAAGCUAUCUGCAGCAUGCACCAAGGCCUAAUGAUGUCGGCGAGGUGCUUCUCGGCUUUCUCGACCAUUACGGCAACAAGUUCGAUCUCGCGACGCAGAGGAUUGUCAUGCAACCACCAGAGAUCAAGCGCAAGGGCACGUGGGGAAUUGAUGGACGACAAGAGCGAGCUGAUGGGCUCUCCAUCCAGGAUCCUAACAAUCCACAGAACAACAUCUCUGGGGGCUCUCGCAAGGCACACGUCGUCUUCGACCUGUUUGCACAGGCUCAUGCUGAUCUAACCGAAAGGAUGCGGCAGAUAAGCGACAAGGAAAUCUCCGUCAACAGUAUCCUGGAGCCGGUCUUUGGCGGUGACUACCGUGCCUAUGAUACUAUUCGCGAUCACUUGAGAAGGCUGUCGUAA